AUGGAGACAGUGAAGGUCGUGGUGACGGCUCAGCCGGACGCGGCGUCCUCCCCCCGGGACCAGGACACAUCUGGACCUGACCUCUGUGACCCCAUGCAGGAGUUCAGCCGGCGCCUGGAGGCCAUCAUCAGCUCGUACGGCGCCGCGGCGUCCGGCCUCCCGAACAAACAGAGUUCAACGGAGACAGAGACAGAGAAGACGAAGGAGGGGACAAAAGAGGACGCCACAGUUACCAUGGAGACCGACAUGUCUCUGAUCAUGCAGAGUCUGAACAAGUCAUCGUCCUCGGAGGAGAAACUUGGAGAUCUGGUCAGAAAAUAUGCUGAACUGGCCACCCUGCGGCGCUGCGAUGAGAGGAAGUUGUGUGUCCUGCAGCAGAAGAUGCGGACCCUGCAGGACGAGCGGCGCAGCAGCGGUGCAGCUCGCAGCAAACUGGAGACUCUGUGCCGGGACCUGCAGUCGCACUACACAACUCUCAGGGAGGAGACGCUGCAGCGCUGCCGGGAGGACGAGGACAAGCGGAGCGAGAUCACCUCUCACUUCCAGAAGACGCUGAAGGAGAUCCAGAGUCAGAUCGAGCAGCACAGCGCCCGCAACGACAAGCUGUGCCACGAGAACGCCAACCUCACCGACAAGCUGGAGGGCCUGAUGAACCAGUGCGACCGCCGGGAGGAGAGUUUAGAGAAGAUCGACCGACACCGCGACCUUCAGCACAAACUGAGCGAAGCCAAACUGCAGGAGGCCAACGCUCUGCUGACUCAGGCCGAGGAGAAGCACAAGAGAGAGAAGGAAUACUUGCUUAGGGAGGCUAUUGACAAAACAAAGAAAUGCUUCGGUAUGAAGGAGCAGGAGCUGGCCAUGAAGAAGAAGCUGACCCUCUACGGAGAGAAGUUUGACGAGUUCCAGACGACUUUGGCCAAAAGCAACGAGAUCUACGUGCGCUUCAAGAAGGAGAUGGACAACAUGUCAGAAAAGAUGAAGACGAUGGAGAAAGAGUCCAACGUGUGGAAGUCGAGGUUUGAGAACUGCAACAAGGCUCUGACGGACAUGAUCCAAGAGAGAACAGACAAGGCCACAGAGUACGACCAGUUCGUGGUGACGAUCCACAAACUGGAGCGACUGUGUCGUGCUCUCCAGGACGAGAGGACAAUCCUCUACGACAAAAUCAAGGGCAUGCGCCUGUCCAGCUCCCAGCUGCCGGAGAAGCUGUUCGGCAGCUCCGGUGUCUCGGAGGCCGAGGACCGACCCGUCCUCCUGACCCCGGUGGAGCUGCAGGAGGACGACCCGGUGCUCACGGAGGACAUGGCUCGGCUCAGGCUGGAACAGGCCAAGCUGCAGGCGUUCGCCGACUCGCUGUUCGCCGCGCCAGCCGACGCCGAGCGGGACGCCGUGGAUGUUGACCUCGAUGAAGACGAGGUGGCUGCUGCGUUUGCCAAUUUCAAAACCAAACCUCAGGUCCAACAGGAGCCGGCUUCAGGCGCCGAGCAGAAGGUGGAAGCUGAUGUUUCUCCGCAGGACAAAGUGGAGACGGCUCUAAAGCCAGAUGUUUCCACAGCUGGAGCAGAGGAGGUGAAACCAGAGGAGGAGCAGCUUCCUGCACAGGAACCAGCAGCAGCUGAGAAGGUGGAGAAUCCUCCUGCCACAGAACCACAGGCUGAAGCGUUGAAGACGCCUGCUGAGGUCAGAGCUGACGAACCCGUGCAGGCCACGCCCACAGCGUCUCCGUCCAAAAACACGAGCUCCGCCUCCAACGCAGACUCGUCCAAGAAACAGGCCCCGAAGAAGAAGAAGAAGAGGAGCGGCAAGAACUCCAGCUGA